AUGGAAAUAGGAGAAGAAAGAUCCCUGGAAGAAACUGCAACAUGGGCUGUAUCAGUUUUUUGCUUCUUCUUUCUUCUAAUAUCUUUGAUCAUUGAGGGUAGUCUCCACAAAUUGUCUGAGCUUUUAAGGAAAAGGAAAGGAAAAUCACUAGGGAGGGCAUUGACUAAAACAAAAACAGAAAUGAUGAAAUUCGGUUUCAUGUCCUUUCUUCUCACCGUCAUGUCGGAAGUGCCAAUAUCGAAAAUAUGCAUCAACAAGGAUGUGGCAACAUAUUUUCUGCCAUGCAAAGAUGCUGCAGAAUUAACAGGGUUAUCAGCUACUCGUACAUCACCCUCAGAAUUUGACGUAGCUCCUGCAACAAACGAAUCUGAAGUUGAGGUCAACUACUGCGAAGCAAAGGGUAUGGUUAGUUUAAUUUCAAGUGAUGCAAUCCUGCAACUGAAUAUAUUCAUCUCCUUUCUGGCUGUGUUUCACAUCUUGUUCUGUACAUUGACAAUGUGCCUCGGGAAGGCAAAGAUGAGAAGAUGGAAAAGAUGGGAGGAGGAGACUCGAACACUGGAAUAUCAGAUAGCUAAUGACCCAAGAAGGUUCCAGUAUACAGGUCAAACAACGAUUGCAAAACGUCAUUUGAAUUUCUGGAGUUAUCAUUCUCCCUUGCUUUGGAUGGUUUGCUUUAUUCGGCAGUUUUAUGUCUCAGUCUCAGAAGAUGAUUACUAUACUCUACGAAAUGGGUUCAUUGCAGCUAAUGUUUCUUUAGGCAGCAAUUUCAACUUCAAGAAAUUUCUUUCCCGCACUUAUGAUGAAGAUUUCGAGAAGGUUAUGGGAAUCAGGAUUUGGAUCUGGAUUUUCUCCAUACUUUUCAUCUUUUUUAGUGCACAUGAGUUCUAUAAUUACUACUGGCUUCCAUUUAUUCCACUCAUGGUUGCUUUACUAGCUGGGACAAAACUCCAAGUCAUAAUAACAAAGAUGUGUGUAGAUAGUUGCAAGGCAAACCCAGUGAUCCAAGGAAGUCUACUUGUUACACCAAGUGAUGCCCAUUUCUGGUUUCAUAGACCUGAAUGGCUUCUGCAUUUACUCAAGUUCAUCCUUAUCCAGAACUCCUUUCAACUUGCAUUCUUCACCUGGACUUGGUAUGAAUUUGGUCCAAGGUCUUGCUUCAAUAGAGAAAAUGAGGACAUUGGCAUAAGGAUUGGAAUGGGUAUAGCUGUGCAGCUUCUUUGUGGUUAUGUCACCCUUCCCCUUUUUGCACUUGUUACUCAGAUGGGUUCUAGCAUGAGGAGAGAAAUUUUCACUGAGAGUGUUUCUAUGGGCCUCAAAAAUUGGCACAAAAGGGCUAAACAAUCUCUGCAGAACAAAUCAACCUCAAGAAAACACUCAGAUUCUUUGCAUUCCAAAGGAGGUGACAAUUCAGCAAGAGGAACAAUGCAUAGUUUGAACAACCCAGAUAUUGUAGUGGUCACAAACAACCCUUCUCCCUCUGAUGAGGGAAAGAGCAUUGCUCCCACCAACAAUGAGCAAGAUGUAUCAAGUCCUUCGACUUCAGAAAUCACAGCUACUGAGGCAGAGAAUUCCAAGAUCAUCAUCACCAGAGGAACCUAUGACGGUGAGAUCUCAUUUGGUAGCAGCUGGAAGAAUGUAGGAAGUAGCAGAGGCAUUAGAGACAUUGUCUCAAUAACUGAAGAAGAUGACGCUGAAAAAUUACCCGAAUUUAUCCAUAGAUAAUACAUAUGUAACAUGCAACAUUUAUGAGCCAUCACUAAGAAACUUUAGUCCCUUGCUUAUCCCUUGUUAAAGUGUCAACAACAUCAAUUACCUACUCUUUAAUUUU